UCUCACAACAUAGCCGAAGUCAUGCAUUCGUGUACACACACAUCCUUUUAGUGCUUCAUCCGAGAACAAACAAACACGCCCCACGCUUACCACUGCAUAAACUACAACACACACACGAACAUAUACAUACAUACAUACAUACAUACAUGCAUAUAUGCAUACGUACACACAUAUAGAUACAUACGCACAUACAUACAUACAUUCAUUCGCUCAUGUACAUACACACACACAUACAUAUAUACAUACAUAUAUACAUACACACAUACGUGCAUACACACAUACAUACAUACACGCAUACAUACCUACAUACAGGCAUACAUACAUAUAUGCAUAUAUACAUAUAUACAUACACAUACACACAUGUAUACAUAUAUACAUAUACAUACACACAUGCAUACAUAUAUAUAUAUAUAUAUAUUAUGCAUACAUAUAUACAUACAUGCAUACAUACAUACCCAUAUACAUACAUACAUCAUCAGCGGUACUAAACAC